CACGUCAGCUAGAGACCACAAACAAGCAUCAGCACAAAGUUGUAUCGGAAGAUUUGACUUUUUGACGUAAAUUAUUCGUGUAGUAAAUAUGGCUGACGAACUCAAUGUUGACAGUCUAAUUCAUAGACUUUUAGAAGUUCGAGGAUGCAGGCCCGGGAAGACAGUGCAGAUGUCAGAGUCAGAGGUCCGUGGCCUCUGUACCAAGUCCAGGGAAAUAUUCCUGCAACAGCCGAUACUGUUGGAAUUGGAGGCACCACUCAAAAUUUGUGGUGACAUACAUGGCCAAUACACAGAUUUGCUACGUCUCUUUGAAUAUGGUGGGUUUCCACCAGAGGCUAACUAUCUAUUUCUUGGUGACUAUGUGGAUCGUGGCAAGCAAUCCUUAGAAACAAUAUGCCUUUUACUUGCUUACAAAAUCAAGUACCCAGAGAAUUUCUUUUUACUCAGAGGUAAUCAUGAAUGUGCCAGCAUUAAUCGUAUUUAUGGUUUCUAUGAUGAAUGCAAACGCCGUUACAACAUCAAGCUGUGGAAGACAUUCACAGACUGCUUCAAUUGCUUGCCCAUAGCUGCUAUCAUUGACGAGAAGAUUUUCUGCUGCCAUGGUGGUCUCUCUCCAGAUUUACAGGGCAUGGAGCAAAUCAGAAGAAUAAUGAGACCCACUGAUGUGCCUGACACAGGAUUGCUUUGUGAUCUGCUGUGGUCUGAUCCCGACAAGGACGUGCAGGGCUGGGGCGAGAACGAUCGCGGAGUGUCGUUCACAUUCGGGCCAGAUGUCGUCAGUAAAUUCCUCAACAGACACGACUUGGAUUUGAUUUGUCGAGCUCAUCAGGUGGUAGAAGAUGGUUACGAGUUCUUCGCAAAGCGACAACUGGUGACAUUGUUUUCUGCGCCCAAUUACUGCGGUGAAUUUGAUAAUGCUGGUGGUAUGAUGUCCGUCGAUGAAACACUUAUGUGUUCUUUCCAGAUACUAAAACCAUCUGAGAAAAAGGCGAAAUACCAGUACAACGGAAUCAACAGCGGGAGGCCAGCCACGCCUCAGCGGUCGCCACCUAAGAAGAAAUAACUGACGUUUGGUAUCCAGUGUGCUGCUCAGUGAGAGGAAUGCUACAAAUAAUUAAUUAUAUCAUGUAUUAUAAUUAUUACGUUAGUGUGGUCAUUGGACAGAGCCGAAUAGUAUGUUGUGUAAUGUUAAAAUAAUUUAUCGAUUUGCUUGUGCCUUCUUAUUUUUAAUUUUUAUUAUUGAUGUGAGUGAUAUUAAUUUAUAAAUUUAGUUCUGCCGUCUUUGUGGGUUGAACAGACAUGACGUAUUCGGCGAUGCCUCGGUGACUAUUGCUUUUUCGAUCCCUGAUCUAUGGCAGCCUUAUUACCGGUAUCAUACCUUGUUGUGUUAUCGUAACCUGUUGAUGUUGUAGUAAAUUGUUUCGUUGAUUGUAAAGAGUUUGAUGUGGCAAGCGAUCUUAAAGAUGCGGGCAUUGGACACGAAAGCGUCGUUACAUCUUCACGAUAUCUAUUUAUAAGUUGUAGUGGAUCGGAAGCACAUUCGCUUUGUUUAUUCUGUAACUAUUGUGCCUAUAAAUGUAAAUUAUAUAUAGGUCUCGUAAGCGACGAUAAUUGAUUAAUUUGAAAAAUUCUAGUUUGAAUUAGGCGGAAUUAUUCGACAUGCACCAUCGUCCACAACUUUCCCCUUUAUAUGUAGUUUAUUUCUAGUUAAUGGUAUUUAUUUUAUGGUCCCAACAUGGAACUGGCCUAAGACAUGAUAUUAACCUUCACUUGGUCAUAGCAAUAAGUGUUCCUUAUCAGUUCUAGGACUCCAUUGCAAUGUUUUGACGUGUUUAGGGAGUGAUAUAAUUAUACUUGGUGAAAUUAAUGUUAUUUUGCACUCAGUAUUAUUCUUACGAAUUAAGUAGUUUUCAAAAUUUGGCAACAAAUGAAUGUGAUCUCCCUGCUGAGGCUUAACCUUGCGGCUUGCUAUGGUCUGCUGAGCCUUAAAAAGAAUUUAUAUAAUUUUGGAAGUGUGGUAGAAACAGUGUAGUCCUCGCAACAAUAGUGCAAUUGCUAUAUUAUUAUAUUAUAAAAUUAUAUGCAGAUUUUGCAUUGUACAAUUUUAUUUUUUAGCUAUGUUAACAAUGUCAAAUGAUUUUUCAUUAAUAAAUAUUACUAUUUAAACUAA